CCGCCUUUGAUAACCACUACAUCAUCGGUUUUGAAAGCCUCUAUAUGUUGCAUAAAACUUGGUGCGACAAACCGCAUCAUUUUUCACUUUUCUUGAGUCUUGCUGUUUUGCAUCUGAAAUGAUCACUCGUCAUACAACGUUGAGCUGAGAUUCGCAAUGGAGUUCACAGACACUAUGACGAGGAUGCUCGCGGUCCCAGAAUUGCUGGAGCUCAUCCUCUUACACCUUGACAUGAAGACACUUCUUGUGUCUGCAUCACGGGUAUGUCGUCACUGGGCCGCGAUGAUAGGAGAAUCUCCCAGGAUCCAGCAAGCGCUGUUCUUCCAACCCGUGUCCUCGGCAGGGACCCAAAAACCGCAGAGUUUCACACUCAACCCGCUGCUGGUUGAAAAGUUUGGGCGGUGCUUCUUCGAUGUCGACCGCAAGUACACGUACCUCCGAAGAGCAGACUCGUUCUUUCGCUUGCCUUGGGCUCCCGAAGGUGCAAUUGAAGCACAAGGAGAAGCGAGAAGCUUAUCCAUGCUGGAGAAGACGGACAGGCUUGAGAACUUUACAAUGAGCACUUCCAGUUGGCGGCGGAUGCUUGUAUCUCAACCACCGCCUCCGACUAUGGGAUAUUUGAAAUCAGAGGGCUUCGACAUGUGGUUCCGCAAUGUCCGCACUGCUCUUAUCAAGCCAAAAUGCUCACAGGGCCUCUGCAUGGGUCAGUUAUACGACAUGGUCCACAGCACAACGUGCCAACCGGAGAACUACUCCAUGUGGUACCGGGUCAGUUGGGGUGAUGCGCGGGAGACGCAUCAGACGCAGCUUUGCCGGGAACAGUGCGAGCAGCUCUUCGGCGCGACUACCCUGGUGGUCGAGUUCUACAGUAUGGAUGGAGGGGAUUGGGACUGCGGACCGUGGAGCAUAGACUGCGUGAGAGAAGUGUUUACGUGUGCCGAUAGUUGCGGUGGUAGAGUCGAGAAAGAGGAGGAGGAGGCUAGCUUGGAGGAGUUUGAGACCUUGGGGCUGGAUGUGCUUACAUCGAUUUGGUGGCAUAACGAGGAGGAUGAUUCAGCUGUAGAUGUUGAUGCGAAUGGUUAUGGGGGGUAGAGAGUCUAAGAGAGUUUGAUGUGUAUGUGUGAGGUGAGUGAUAGUUAGGGAGGGGUUACAUUGGGUUGUUGCCUACCUAGGUAGACUGUCUGAACAGCAACUCACCGUAAGGAAAGGGACAUGUCUCUGGAACGGGGCAUUAUAUUCGGAGUAGAGCAUACGAUAUCGUUAUAACAUGAAGAGAGGUUUGAUGAAGAAGAUUAAUGAUGUAUUACUAUGUCUUAUAUUAUAUCAAAAGGACAAUAUCAUAGUAAAUUCCUUGAG